UUUUAUAUGCGGCCGGAGAAGCGUGUAUCACCCUACCGCGUUACAGCAAAUAAUCCAACACAAAAUUUACUAUAUAUAAACAAAUGUUUUCAACAUUGAAGAUUGUAACUAUUCUUGCAAAUUUUGAUCCAAUAUUCCAAACAUGCUAAGCAGCACGCCUCUCCCAUUAUCUCUCCUUCACUUCAUCUUCUUGCUUCUCUCUCUAACUCUUACGUCGGCCGGUUGCCCCCAAAAAUGCGGGAAAUUGCAAUUCUCGUAUCCAUUCGGAGUGGGGCCAAAAUGCUCCAUGGAUCCAUCUUUCAACAUCAUAUGCAAGAAAACCAGAAACCAUUCAACACCUUACCUCAACAUAAACAAAGUGCGCAUGCUCGAAAUCGUGGAAAUAAAACAGACUCAGAUACGGGUCAAGUACCCCUACCUCUUGGCUGCAACAUGCUACACUAACACGUCCGUCUACCCGCAUAACAACACACGUGACGGUUUCUACUCCAUCGAUUUGACGGGCACUCAGUACUCCAUGUCGGAUAAGAACUGGCUCACUGCCAUCGGCUGCGAAGACAUCGUUGCCGGAUUCGGAGAGAACAAGAAUGUCUUCGCUGGCGGCUGCGUUUCGUACUGCCCCACGAGUGAGCCUCACGGGUUUGGGAGUUGCCCGAAUACUGAAAAUGGGUAUUCGGCGGGCAAUGGUUGUUGCCGGACACCCAUACCUAAAGGCACCACGUUCUUGGCAGCACAGUUAAGUGACUUAGGUGGAAAAUGGUUGCGCGAUAAGUAUUUCCCGUGCAGUUAUGCCUUCGUUGUGGAAAAGCGAACUCUCGAUGAAUCUGUAUGGUUAUAUCCAUUUUCGGACUUGAAUAAGUCAAUAAACUCCCAAGAUGAUGAUUGGGUGUUGAGUGGGCCGCCGCCAGUGGUGCGCCUAGACUGGAGGGUUGGGACCGAAAAUUGCAGUGAAGCUCAGAAGGAUUCCUCCACUUAUGCAUGCAAAGCAAAUACUGAUUGUGUCAAUUAUGAUGCUAACACUGAUUGGGGAUACCUAUGUAGCUGCAAGCCAGGAUACCAUGGCAAUCCAUACAAUGAAGGAUGCCAAGAUAUUAAUGAAUGUAAUAGUGAUGAGCUUAAUCCAUGCGAUGCAAAUGCGAUUUGCACCAACACUAUUGGUUCUGUCAACUGCUCUUGUCCAAAGGGGUAUAAUGGUGAUGGAAAGAAAAACGGCAAGGGCUGCAUACCCUCAAAUAUGAUUCAUGUCUUCAUAGGUGUGGGCUCCGGGAUGGGAUUUCUCCUAGUCCUCUCAAUGUGUAUUUUGGUGCAUAUAGUAUUACGUAAGAGAAGGAGCAAAAUGCGUAAAGAGAAAUUCUUCAAACGAAAUGGUGGCCUUCUCUUGCAGCAACAAACAAACGAAUGCACAAUUCGGAAAACCAAACUCUUCUCUGCAGAAGAAUUAGAGAAAGCCACUGAUAACUUCAAUGAGAGCCGAAUUCUUGGACAAGGAGGGCAAGGCACAGUUUACAAGGGAAUGUUGCCUGAUGGAAAGAUCGUGGCCAUCAAGAAAUCGAAGCUUAUCAACAAGGAUCAGUUAGAACAGUUCAUAAAUGAGGUUGUGAUACUAUCCCAUGUUAAUCACAAGAAUGUUGUUAAAUUAUGGGGAUGUUGUAUGGAGACUGAUGUGCCUCUCCUCGUUUACGAGUUGGUGCCUAAUGGGACACUUUUCGAUCUCAUUCAUGAUCCCAACAUUCAUUUUCAAGUUUCAUGGAACAUGCGUCUGAAGAUCGCAGCAGAUAUAGCAGGAGCCCUAGCCUACUUACACUCUGCAUUGUCCAUACCUAUCUAUCAUAGAGACGUCAAGUCUAGUAAUAUUCUCCUAGACGAAAAAUAUACCGUUAAAUUGUCUGAUUUUGGGAUCUCUAGGGAGGUGGCAACAGAUCGAACACACCUGACCACAUUGGUGAAGGGCACAUUUGGAUAUUUUGAUCCAGAAUAUUUUCAGUCGAGCCAAUUUACAGAAAAGAGCGACGUCUACAGUUUUGGAGUAGUUCUUGUCGAACUUUUGACAGGACAACGGCCGAUAGAUGUAAGAGAAGAGGAGAGAAGUCUAGUGAUGCGCUUUCUUGAAUCUAUGGAAGAAAACAAUUUAUAUAAAAUUUUAGAUGAGCAAGUUCUGAGGCAUGGUAAAGAUGAGGAGCUAAGUGCAGUUUCAUGGCUUGCGCAAAGAUGCUUGAAUUGGAAGGGGAAAAUGAGACCAACUAUGAAAGAAGUGGCAAGAGAAUUGGAGAGCUUGAUAAUGCUUGAAGAAGAUGGAGUUUGUAAAGCCAAAUCCGUGAUUAUUUCGGAUGGUGAGUAUGCAUGGACAACUAGUGGUAUCAGUGACGAAUCAACAUCAUGUAUACUUACAUUUAGCUCUGAAAUUAUAUAAAGUAAUAUAAAAUGUAAUUGAAUAUUUGAUCACAUAAUUUAUACGGGUCGUUUUCAGUUCUAUUGAUAGAAAUUUUA